AAGGAUUACACCAGCCGACCCACGACAUAACCUGUUCAAGAUAUCGGCCCAAUUCAAGGACAAUAGCGUCAUUUCACCUUCCAAUCAUCCGCGAUUCGCCGAUACCCCAUUGCGAAUAACAUUUUUAUUUCGCAGCAAAACAUCUCCCCUUUGCUUUUGAUCUCUCAAAAUUUUCCGGUUCUUGUUCACAUUUUUUUCGCUCUAUAUAUAUCGAUUCAAUCUAUAGACAAAUAUUUUUGCACAUCUUUCUAGAUAUGUAAAUGCAGUUUUAUGUAAACAGACGAUUGCACAUGUAAAUAGAUACCCUUUUCGUUCCACCGCAACCGACAAUCUGAGAGGUCAAACUCUUCGUAUGUCGGCUCUUAUUUUUCCGGCACCUUAGUUUUUAGAAUCUUAUUAGAUUUUCAUAGGCGGCAUGGUAUUUUGGAUCGAUGUGGAUUUGGAUGUUUUGUUAAGAAAACGUUAAAAUUAGGGUUUUGAAUUUCUGAAAUAAUAGGGCCUUUUUUGCGGCGUCUUUGUGAUUAAAAGUUAUCGAGUAUUUUGAAUCCAUUUGAAAUUUUUGUUGGCGGGUUUAUUUUGAACUAAAACGUUGGUUCGUUUUAGUUUGUAAGUGGUCGAGUUAUCGAAACUAGUAUUGGAGUUUUAUGAAGGUUAGGGUCUUUGGGAUUGUGGAACGAAAUUAGUUAUGACUCGGAGUUCGAGGCACAAAUCCCAUAAACAAAGCAAACACAGUUCCAAGGACUAUUCGGAUUCUGAAGAGGAUGUAAAGUUGAAGGAGAAAAGUAGUAAAGAUGACAAUCCAGCCAGGGAUGAUCGCGGUCCAACCUUGGGUGAGAAACGGAAAAUUUCGUCUCAGGCGAGAGAAGGAAAGGAUGGUAAAGAUAUGAGAAAUGGUGAGGUAUCAGAAGAGUAUGUUUUGUCAAAACGUAGGAAAGAGAAGGCCAACGUUGGCAAAGAGAGGGCUGGUGUGAGUGUGGGCGUUGGUGAUGAUAGGUGGAGGGGUUAUGGAGAGGAGAAAGGUGAUACUGAUAGGAAUGAUAAAAAGGAAAUAACUAAAGGGGAAAGUUCGAAAAUUGACUCGAAACUGAAGGAAAGUUUGAGAAUUGAGUCGAAGAUUAAAAAUAAAAGGUAUGAGAAUGGGAGUGGGAGUGGGAGUGGGAGUGGGAGUGAGAUUAAGGAGGAUAAUAUAGCAUCCCUGGCGGUGGAGAAAGAGGAGAGUGAACGUAAAGGAGGGUCAAAGAGGAAGUCUGAGAGGGAUUCUUCUGGGUGGAAGGAAGCAAAGGAAUCUAAGGAUAAGGGUCGUGGAUCGGAGAAGGAGAAGGAAAAGGAGAAGAGUAUUGGGGAGGAGAGUAAGCGUGGGGAUGCUGAGGUGAAAUCCGUGGAUGUGCAUUUUGGACAGAAGGAACGGUCACUGUUAGGAUAUUUUAGCGAAGAGACAAAGGCUAAACAUGGUCGAGAAAAUACUGAGUGGCCUUUACAAGAUGAGUUGAGGAAUCCUGAGUUGGAGAAGGAACUCGAUAAAAGGAUACGAAGGAGAAAAGAAGGUUCUGAUGUUAUCAAAGAAGUUGACGAGAGGCGAUUGUCAUCAAGAGCUGAUCUUGCCAAGGAUGUGAAAUACAGAGAAGAUAGGCACAAGGACGGAGGUAAUGAGGACAAGUAUCAGAAAGAUGGCCAAAAAGAUGGUAGGAACAGGGAUGACAAGUACCGGGAAGAUGCUGACAAGUAUAAUAAAUCUCGGGAUCGUAGGUAUUGGGAAGAUGGUGAUAAAGAUGCCAAUAGAGAUGAUAGACGUCGAGAGGAUGGCAAUAGAGACAGCAAACGUGAGGAUGAAAAUUUUCGGGACGAUGGCGAGUAUGAUAAAAGGCAGAAGGAUGACAAGUAUUGGGAAGGCACUGCAAGAGAUAUUCAAAACAAGGAUGAUAAGUACGCCGAAGAUGGCGAGAGGGGUAAUAGACGUAGAGAUGAUGGGUACCGUAGGCAUCAUGAAGAUGGUGACAAAGAUGACAGACAGUGGGAAGAUUAUAGAGGAGAUGGUGGAAGAGAUGUUAGAUACAAGGAAGAUAAGCAUCGAGGAGAUAUUGAAAGAGACAGUCGGCAUAAGGAUAGCAAGCGAGGAGAUGAUAUUGGUAGAGAGGAGAGACUGAGAGAGGCUAAGUAUAGGGAUGAACGUGCCUCAAGAGACUUAUCUGGUGACAAGUCAGACCCUAAGCACUCUAGGGAUGAUGGUUAUGCUGAAGAUCGUCGCUCCAGGAAAUUAAUCGCAUAUGAUGAUAGUCCAAAACUAGGUGAUCAAACUGCCAGGUAUAAAGAUGGUCAGGGUAGGAGAAAAACUAAGGACGGAAAGGAUUACGAUGAUAUUAGGUCCCGAAGUGCCAAAGAUCAGGGGCUCGAAUCGGAUAAGAAAUCUGCCAGCAGUGCGAGAAUGGACUUAGUUACUGACAAAGGAAGGUCCAUCUCUAGGAAUGCUGAUGUGGGACUUCCUUCUAAUCAUAGCAGACGGUACAGAUCUCCCAGCUCAAGUUCUCACGUUACAAGGGAUCCCUACAGGCUCCCAAAUUAUGCUUACGAAGAGAGAGUUCGGUACAGUGGAACUUCUAGCAGAGAUUAUUUUGGUGCUGCGGGAGGAGCUUUGAGUGCAACUCCAUCUAGAUCGAUGGAGAAACCUGGUCUAAAAGAAGAUGGCCAGUUGGGGGAAUUGUCAGCUGAAAGACCUCUGAAAUCUGACAUUCGCUCAUCGCCCUUGCAGCUAGCGGAUAAAUCCCCAUCAUCGAGCACCGAUUGGAGACACUUCAAUAGAUCUGAUAUAAGGCAGAGUUUUGAUUUGGAAGAAUCAGCACAGCAAAGUUUGCCAGAUGCAAAGGGGUACUCUUGUAAGGAAGGCAGGGGAAGUCGUGAGUUGGUCAUGGACAUGUUUCCUGGAGAUGAGCUUUCACAGGCUGGGGGAGAUAAUUUAUCGGUUUCUUCACCUUUUACGAGAAAUAGCCAUUUAUCAAACAGUUUCAAGUCAACACCACCUUUUCCUCUUUUCAGGACUGGGUUGGAUAGCCCUUCAAUAUUAGGAUCUGCUGAAGAUGACGGCAGAAGUAAGUCAAAUAGCCAUAAUAGGAGGAUUAGCAAUCCCAACUUGGGAAGAGUUCAAGGAAAUGCUUUGAGAGGUGUACCAAAUUGGCCUUCCCCCUUGGUAAAUGGUUUCAUUCCUUUUCCCCACGGUCCACCUUUUCAUUCAGCGAUGCAGCAGUUUCCUGGUCCACCAAUCUUUGGUGUUAGAUCAUCAAUGGAGUUAAACCAUCCCUCUCCUUACAAUAUGCCUGGUGCUGAAAGGUUUUCUGGCCCUGGGCGUCCUAUGGGAUGGCGCAAUCCGGUGGAUGAUUCUUGCCCUCCACUGUUGUUUGGUUGGGAUUCAAGCAGUGCUGUCUAUGGUGAGGAAUCUCAAAUUUAUGGAAGACCAGAUUGGGACCAUUCUCGGAGCCUGCCCAGUAGUCAAGGCUGGGAGGCAAGAGGAGAUUUGUGGAAGGGACCGUAUAAAACUGCAAGAAUGGAUGUGCCAUUUUCUGAUAAAGAGAAUGACUUCUCUCAAAUUGCAGAUGAAGCUUUGGUUGGUCGGUCGAUUCAACAAGCUCAGAGCGAGCUAACUCCACAUGAUAAGCAUGCUGAGAGCACUGACAUUAAUCAAUCAAGAGAUAGUUUGGAAAAUAAUGAUUCUGAAGCUGCUUGUAAUAAUCCAGAGGAAACUAACGACAUUGCUAAAAUGUCAAGAAAGGAUGAUGAGUGUCUCUGCCGAUUUUACUUUUCCAAGCUUGACAUAUCUGCCGAUCUUACUGAAUCCGAGUUGUUUACUAAGUGCACAGGCUUCCUUGAUAUAGAUCAGAAUAUUAUUUCUGACGUAAAAGAAUCUAAACUUUUUUAUAUGGAGGAAGCUGUAGAAGCUACAGCAGUAUCUCCUAAUAUAAUUAGCAAUGUUCCACUGUUUUCUGCCACCAGUGAUUCUGUUUUCCAGAAAGCAAUAUCAUUAUAUAAGAGGCAGAAAGAAGACUUUGGAGAUAUAAAUGAAGAGUUGAGUGCAAAGAUCGAGUCAAUUCCAAAAUGUAAUGAGGAACUGAAUGCUGAAGAUAACAAUACGGAGAGGUCUCCAGCUGGUGGCAUGCAAGAUGUAGGGAAUGCUCUUUCUAACUCCAACGGGAAGGCAAAUAGUCUUCAAGUGGAAGAGUACCCCAAAAACUCCCAUCUGAAGCCCAAUCUACCAGAUGUGAGCGUGGUGGAAAAAUCAGAACCAGUUUCUUCCUCCAAACGUGUUAACAUGGACGUGGAUUUGAUCUUGAACGAGGUGCCACAGGAGCAUAUUCUUGAGAACCCUUCAUCUAUUGAAUGCAUAGAAAAAUCUUCUGCCAAUUUAUCUGCUGGGGUCGGAGAAGUGCAUAUGGAAUUUUCAAGUAACAGUGGGGAGCUGAAUGUAUUUGAUACUAAAUGUGGUCCUGCGCGCAAUUCUGAUGUGUCUUCCACGGCAAUGAUGCCAGGGUUAAUUGAGUCUGCGCCAGUAAAUUUGAGUCGGAUACAUCAUUCUCCUGAAAGUACACAUUGAGACAAUUUAUUUUUCUGAGCUUUUGAAAUGAAGCUCAUAUUUUCUUAUCUUACAUAUCUUUGCUUGCUCUCCA